AAAAGAGAAGAAGAAAAAAAAAAGCUCGUGAAAUCGAAAGAGAGUUAAGUGACGUUAUGCCGAAAUAUAGAAGAGAGAGAGGGGGAGAGAGAGAGAGAGGGAGAGAAUGAUGUGUGGGGAGGAAGAAAGAAUAAGGUAUAACGUCACGCGACUCAACGUGGUCUCACUUCGAACGGGAGGCAGGACCCACUAGUUGUAAUUAUAGUUAUCUUCGCGAUGUUCUCGGAACGGUUUGUUCUCGACCCCUCCCAGUGCUUACCAAGAAACAAGAGGGAGAUAGACGAGCUGUUAAAUUCACAGAAGAAAACGAGACAGUGAGAUAGAGAUCGAGGAAGAGAGGGCGCGAAGAGAAAUCUGGAAAAGAGAGGGGGAGAGUGGGCCGAGGAUGAAAGUUACAUAUAUAUAUAGAGAGAGAGAGAGAAAAAGAAAGAGAGAGAGAGAGAGAGAAAGAAAAAGAGAAAGAAUUCAGAUCGCAGAAGAGAGAAGUUACAGUACACCGUAGUGUUGCCUAUCGAGAUAACACGUUUCUUGUGCAUCUAUAAAAUCUCAAGGAUUGAAGAUUAAAAGGAUUAAUCUGAGAGUAGCGCUUUGAUUGAUUAAAAGCUGUGUUUUAUAUCAGGAAAAAAUUCUUUCAUUAUCACUUUGUGACAAAUUCGUCCCGUGAUAUUUAACAAUGAAAAGAAUCGUUUUGAUUCUCGUUGCCAUUCUAUUUGUUUGUUUGAUCACCGGUAGACAUCACAGAGACAGUGACUACCUAAAUCACGUGCAAUUGGUAAACCAAUUUCGAUGUUCAUUGCCACAACCACGAGCAAUUCCCAUAGAAGAACUUCUUACAGUCGGACCCAGUCCAGAUGAAAUUUUCUAUCCUCCUUCAACGGUAUUAGCACGUUGCGGUGGGUCCGGAUGUUGUCCCGAUCCCAAACAGAUCUGUGCAUCGACCGAGACUAGAAACGUUAGUUUGGUAUUCAUGGUAAAACACCUCAUAGAUCGACAACGGGACAGGCACCAUGAGGUUAUUCAUGCUUUGGAAGAUACAAAAUGUGCUUGCAUAAAUACGAUCAAAAUCAAUAUGACCUAAUUUUUUCGUAAAAGUAUAAUAAAUAUAAUGCAGAUGUGUGAAUAUAUUUAUGUGUGGGUGUAUGUGUGUAUGUAUGUAUGUAUGUGCGUGCGUGUGCGUAUGUUUGUGUCAUUAUCAGUGCAUCAAUUAAUGAUGAUAAUUGCUUUAAAAACAUACAAAUUUAUAUGUAUCAUGUAAUCAUUCAUAUUAUAUAGUCGCUUGUUUUUAUCGUGGAUACUAUAUUCUCUAAAAAAUAUUACUUAC